AUGUCUUCCGUCAACGAUGAGAAAGCGGAGGGGAUGACCAAGGUCGAGAAGCUGGCAGAGGCCAACGUCGCAGAGAUCAAAGUCAUCAAGGGCAGCGAAGCCUACGCUGAGGCGUUGUUGAAGGAGAAGCCAUCUUUGUCGGACGCAGUCACCUGGAAACUCAUCGGCUGCUUGCUCCUGGGUUGUUUCUGCCAGACAGUCAACGGUUUCGAUGGCAGUCUCUUCGGUGGAUUGACCGCCAACUCCAACUUCCUGGACUACUUUCAUGGUACCAACGAUGGAACAUGGGCUGCUUUGAACUCGGCAAUGUACCAAAUCGGGAGCGUAUGCGGGCUGCCGUUUGUUGGGCCAGCUAUUGACACAUGGGGUCGACGUGUAGGCAUGGUCAUCGGCUCCAGCUUGAUCAUCCUCGGAUGCAUCCUCAACGGCGUCACCCUCUACGCAUCCGACUACCACCAAGCUACGAGCCAACUGCAGGGUGGCCGUUUCCUCCUGGGCUUCGGUGUCAGCAUCGCCUCGGCUGCCGGCCCUAUUUACGUUGUCGAGACUGCUCACCCGGCCUGGCGUGGUAUUAUUACCGCCUACUGCAACACCUUCUGGUUCGUGGGCUCGAUUCUCGCAGGUGGUGCCGUGCGCGGUGGCUUGAACAUUGGCGGGAACACCUCAUGGCAGCUCCCUAUCUGGCUUCAGCUCGUCUUCCCAGGCCUCAUUGUUCUAUUCGUCUGGUUCGUCCCCGAGAGUCCCCGCUGGCUGUUUGUGCACAACAAGAGGACCCAGGCCGCGGCAACACUUACCAAAUGGCACGGCAACGGAAAUCCGGAAUCGCCCUGGGUCAAGCUGCAGCUUGAAGAGUACGAAAGCUUCCUGAACGAGAAUGGAUCGGACAAGAAGUUUUGGGACUACAGUGCGCUCUUCAAGACCCGGGCGAGCCGCUACCGUCUGGCAUGCAACUGCAUCUUCGCCAUCUUUGCCCAGUGGGCUGGCAACGGUGUCUUGACCUACUUCCUACCCGCUGUUCUGGACACGGCCGGAUACAAGGCGGACGUCACGAAGGCCAACAUCAACCUCGCAUACGCCUGUUUCCAGUUCGCCUUUGCCCUCUUCGGCGCUGCAUUCGUCGACAGAGUCGGUCGUCGCUGGAUGAUGCUGGGCUCGAUGGCUUCCUGCUGCGUCAUGUGGAUCGGCGUUACUUCUUCCACGGCCGUCUUCAGCCAGUCCGGCGAGACCAACGCCUCCGCUGCCAAAGCCACCUUGGCCUGUAUCUUCCUCUUCGGCGCCGUGUACUCUAUCGGUAUCACCCCGCUCCAGGCUCUCUACCCGGUUGAAGUCCUGUCCUUCGAGAUGCGCGCCAAGGGCAUGGGUUUCAGCAGCUUGGCCGUCGCGGUCGGUGGUCUGCUCAACCAGUUCGCGUGGCCGAUCUCCCUCGCCCAGAUUGGAUGGCACACGUACAUCAUCUUCGUCGUCUGGGACGCUAUCCAAUGGUGUGUGUGGUACUUCAUGAUGCCCGAGACGAAGCGUAGGACGCUCGAGGAGCUGGACAAGAUCUUUGAGGCGCCCAGGCCGGUCAAGGAGUCGUUGAUCCCGCACAAAUUGGCUGUUGACAAGGAGGGUACGGUGUUGGCUUCCGAGGAUAUCUAG